AUGUGGAUCUUUCAAAACCCAUUCAAGCAAAGUAUCAAGAAACUCAGAAAAAAGUAUAUCAAACAUGCUCGAGACCUCAUAAACGAUCGCUUCAGGCGCUUGCUCGCCCAUCUGCAUCUGUCCCUGUACGCCGCGCGGCUUCGUCACGAGCAUGGCCUCUACGGGUUCUGGAAUACUGUGAUCACGAUGAUUGUCGAGACGAGAACGGACCGGCUUGCAUUUGUUCUUCCUCAAUCCAAGUUCCAUCUGCUUCCCAAGGAAGUUCGGUUACAAAUGGAUCAAGCCGCUGUGAAAGAGGAUCUCAAGAAAUUCUGGAAGGCAGCUCUUGCGUGGCGAGACAAGCAGGCUCAAGUCAGUGUGCACAGUUGUAUGAAUGGCGAUUGCCUAACUGAUAUGAUUGACGAGCAGGAUUUCAUGUUGGACUUGGACAAGGAACAGCUUUUCGACCAAUCUAUCCGACACACAAGCAGCUUACCGGUGGCCAUCUCCGAUUUUGCGGUGGUGUCUUUGGAAUUCGAAGCGCCUCCCGCAGAUGCCGUACAGAUUCGAGAUGCAUGUGCAAAGGCUCGCGCAAAAUACAAGAGGUCUGCAAGUGAUCCCAGUCGUCAUCGUCCAAUUGGAUUGCCCGAGGAGUUUCCUAAGCGAUACCAAGUCUAUGAUGCAGCGGCAGAGGACUCGUUAGAGGGUUCCGGAGGGGACCACUCAAACGACGAAAACUACCUGCCGGAAUCCGGCUCUGAUUCGUCCCGGACGCGAAGUUGGCGUGCUCCCUCAAAUUCCAUCACUUCGGAUAACGCCCCCAGUCUUGAUAUCUUGCGCGGCGGCUUGAGCAGCGGUAUCGUGCAGAGCUUCGCCAACGCUAAAGCAGAUGUCUUGCCCCCUAUGUCGCCCAGAGAGGAUCACUCUGGCAGUGUGAGCGGAUCGAAUGACCCUCACGACAAUCCUUCUCCUGCUUCUCCUGCUUCAGCAGAGCCCAUCAUGUCUAGUCCUAUAUCCAGCCAAAGCGACGCGGGUGUACACUUUGCCUCAUACUCGGAGGAAACUGACAUUUCAGGAUCCGGUGGCGAUCACUCCUCAGAUUUGGACUGGCACUCGGGUCAACCGGGAGAUUCGAACUCAGAUACGGUUGACGAAAGCAGUGCCAGCAACAAUCUGGCUGAUCAAAGCAUGCAGAGCGAUGCUGGACAGGAGCCCAUACCACCAAGUCGCUCGAGCAAUGACUCCGAAGACGCCAACAGGGUGCGACCUGAACCGGAGAAUAGCCAAGAUGAAGGGGCAGAACAUGCAACAGAUCCGUCGGAUAAGGGCGAGGAACAAUCGGGAGACGCCAACAGUAUGCGACUUGAACCCGAGCAUAACCAAGAUGAAGGGACAAAGCACGCAACAGAUCCGUCGGACAAGGGCGAGGAAAACACGGAAGACGCCAACAGAAUGCGAAUUGAACCGGAGAAUAACCAGGAUGAAGGGGCAAUUCAUGCAACAGAUCCGUCGGACAAGGGCGAGGAGAACUUGGAUCUUGACUGGAUUGGUGAGAGCAUACGACAGGCGGGCUGGAGUGGAGAGGAAGGAGACCAGGUUUGCAACCUCAAGCAGACGUUCAGACAGCCCGAGAUAAAGCCAGAGAUGCGAACUACGAUCAUGAUGGUGUGGGAGGCGAAGCGCUUUCCUUCGCGUGACCUAUCUCCCGCACAAUUCCAUUGCGUCUUCUAUCAGUUAUUGUACCUAGCCAUGCGUGGCUUGAUCCUUCAGAUCUUGUACGUGUUGAUGAGCGAGGAGUACCGCCACCAGGAUACCGUCGUGGGCGUUGUUAUGGUCGGCGACUACUGGACGUGGAGCCAGUUCAGGCGUGCGGAAAUUGUCAAUGGCACGCCCUUGAAAGACUGGCGCGAAUACACCUCUGACAACAUUCCCAUCAAGCAUGAUUCGUGGCCUGACGCAGUACAAUGGGGCUCUGAGAAAUCGGAUGCACAGUUGGACAAGAUGAUGGCGGCGGUGAAUCAGAAGUUCCCUGCGGCUACUCCACUGGCAGUCGGCAGAUCCCGACGCAAUUCAAUUUGA